GGGUGGAGUUACCGAACGCGGCUCCGCUGAUGCCCAGUGACGUCACCCGGAAGCGGCGCGGGUGACGUGGCCUUGUGGACGAGCAGAUCUACAGAGUCGGUAGCGGAACUCUUCACACCCAGCCCCUACCGUGUGUACUCUCUAGCGCACGGACUGCACUCGACCGGACACCCGACUGAAGCUAAAGCACAGCAGGCCGAGAUCAUCGCUCCGUCAGCUGCUCCACGGUGGCCGCGAUGGAGCACGAACUGUCGGUGCAGAUGCGCCUCUACACCAUGUCCAAGCGCCACUUUGUGCUGGUGUUCGCCACCUUCUUCGCUUGCUUCGGGCUCACGCUGCUCAUCGGUGUGGCCGGCCCGAGCGUCAUCAACGCAACCGUGGAGCAGGCCACGCAUCUCUCCAUGAAGCCCCCGGACUUGAAGGUGGGUCCCUUCCAGCUGACGUCGCCGACCCUUUCCACCUUCAACCAGCAGCUGUGGCUCAUGUGCGAUAUCGAACUGGCGGAGCGCAGCAACGGCGCCUUUGAGCAGAACUUCAACCUCUCGGUGGCCAUCACGGGCCGGGAGCGUGACGCCAGCAUGGUCAUGGUGAACACCAUCUCCUACAACCGCAGCCGCUGCUUGCGCUGCUCCCAGCAGAAAUGCAACGAGAUCAUCGUGCUGCACCUGGGCUUCCUGGACUACACCAAGUACCUGGUGCGAGUGCAGUUCCAGGGCCUGGAGCAGAUGGUGCACGUCAUGCAAGAGGUCAACUUCACGUUCAAGGUGUACAACGCGGCCUUCACGCAGGUGGAGAUCUGGUUCCGUUUCGUCUUCCUGCUGCUCACCUUCCUCGUUACGUGCCUCUUCGCUCACUCCCUGCGCAAGUUCUCCAUGCGGGACUGGGCCAUCGAGCAGAAGUGGAUGGCCAUUCUGCUUCCCCUGCUGCUGCUCUACAACGACCCCAUCUUCCCGCUGUCAUUCCUCGUCAACUCGUGGGUGCCGGGCCUGCUGGACGCCAUCUUCCAGGCCUCCUUCCUCAGCGCCCUGCUGCUGUUUUGGCUCUGCGUCUACCACGGCAUCCGCACGCAGUCCAAUCGCAGGUUCUUCACGUUUUACCUGCCUAAGCUACUCAUCGUGGGGCUGCUCUGGGUCGCGGCCGUCACUCUUGGAAUCUGGCAGACAAUGAACGAGCUGCAGGACCCGACAUUCCAGUACCGCGUCGACACGGGGAACUUCGAGGGUAUGAAGAUCUUCUUCUUUGUUGUGGGCGCCAUGUACAUCCUCUACCUCGUCUUCCUCAUCGUGCGUGCCUGCACCGAGCUGCGCAACAUGCCCUACUUCGACCUGCGGCUCAAGUUCCUCACGGUGCUUACGCUGGUGGUGCUCGUGAUCAGCAUCACCAUCUUGUUCCUGAGGUUCGGAUCUCAAGUUCUGCAGGACAACUUCAUCUCCCAGCUGUCCACCCACUACCAGAACUCGGCCGAGUUCCUCUCCUUCUACGGGCUUCUCAACUUCUACCUCUACACGCUGGCGUUCGUCUACUCGCCCUCCAAGAACGCGGUCUAUGAGUCCCAGCUCAAGGACAACCCCACAUUCUCCAUGCUCAACGACUCGGACGACGACGUCAUCUACGGCACGGACCACGAGGAGCUGCCUCUGCAGAACGGCAGGUCCAUGCGGACCUCGUACCACGACGGCUCCGACUCGGACUAACCACCCCGCCACCCUCCCUCCGCCCCUCCGCCACCACCGCCACCACCGCACGAGGCCCUCUCCUCCUGGCCGUGGGCAGCGGCUCGCCCAACUGCCUGCCCAGCGACUCGGGGGGGAUGAGAAUCGGCCGAGCGCGGAGCCGGGGCUAGUCCUCGGGCCCGCGAAGCGUGGGGGCGGAAGCAGAGGGAGAGCGGGUUUGGGGGCGCAAGCACGUGCUGGCCCGAGACGAUGGUGGUGCCGUGCUCGUGCCUCGGAACUUUUCCCUCUGGGCAUUCCCAACGCAAGUUCCCCCGACCCCCCCCUCCCCCGCCGGGCCACCGUGCGAUCGCAAGGCGGCGCGUCGUCCGACGCGGUUGCCCAAGUUGAGAACCGUAAGCAGCAAUAACAUAGCCAGGGACGUGACAUCAGAACACGGUUUGUUAGACUGAAAACGUUUCAUAGCGUACACCUAGACGGCGAUCGCGGCCCAUUCAUUUUUUUCCCUUUUUCAUUGUUAACUUAACUUUCGUACAACACGUUUGUGGGUUAGAGAAUACACCGUGUGUGUGUGUGCAUACACCAAGUGUGUGUGUGUGAAUACACUGUAUCGUGUGUGUGUGUGUCCCGUUUGUGUACCGUGUGUGUGUGUACCGUGUGGGUGUACCGUGUGUGUGUGUGUACCGUGUGUAUGUGUGUCGUGUGUGUACCGUGUGUGUACCAUGUGUGUGUGUGUAUCGUGUGUGUAUGUACCGUGUGUGUGCGACUUACUGGGUUCCUCUUCAGCUCACCGGUGCGUGUAAUGAUAAUAGGCGCACCGUUAAACGGUCGUACGCUACUUGACAAUUUAAUUUUGCGUCGGGUGGUGGAGGGUUCUUGACAAACACAAAUUUGGCCAGAUCAUGAUAUGGCCAAAUGCAAAAGUAAAUUUGCUUCAGAAUGAACCAUGCGGCGACCAUUGCUGUGGGGCAUAGGGUGAUCAGCUUUUAUCUCGCGCUUGCACGUUGCUGUAGCUGUCCACUUCAUUUUAGGUCGGCACGUUUGGUGUGGGGCGCCGUCGUUCUCAUUGCACGGGGCGGCCGUCAAGCGGACGAGGCACCAGCGCUGCGUUUCGCCAACGCAGCCGCCCAUGGUUUUGCGGUCGGGGUUGAAGGUUUGAUGAUCUUGUUACUCCGGAAUCCCGAGCCAAGUGAUUCGCGGAGCAAUUGGAUGUCAAAUUUGAACCGUGAUGCGCGGCCACACACAACGACGGCCGCCACGUCCGGAGAAUUCUUCGAUGUCCACCGAGAGUGACCAUGAACGGCGCGUGGUAUUUCACGUUUGGCGCCGCCCCGCGGUGUUAACCAGCAGUGGCCUGGCGGACGCGUCUCAUUACCGCUGUAGUAAUCACAGUAGCAAUGCACGGAUUUCUGCUGUGUGUGCCAUCUGUGUACGUUUGUCGGUGGUUUUGUUGCAUGCGUCGCUCUCUCCGCCCCCCUCGGCAAUACCACAGAUAUGCUCGUCGUGUGCAAUUCAGCCUGGUGGUAGGUGGGGGGCGAAACAUUGGUAGCACGAUGUCGUGGUGGUGGUGUUGUAUAUAUGUAUGUUGAACUUCUUUCACACCGUACUUGGCCAACCCUACUAAUUGGAGCUGAGUGGCGGCGGUGAUGGUGUCAUCUCGUGCUCAGAGCUGGUUGGCAACGCGAGCAUCCCCCCCCCACCCCCGCAUGCACGGCACCCCCUUGUUCAUCCCCGCGAAAUGAGACGGCACCGGGGCUGAGAGAACUGGGCACUUUGCUUUGAGGCUAGAGUGUAAUUAUAUCUCUUGUAAAUAAUCUGUACAUACAAUUACAAUGUAUAGCCUAACCCCUCUCUUGUCUUAGCCAUAAUUCCAAGUUACUGUCUAAACAGAUGCUACUUCCCAGACCACAGAUGCGGUGUGGCAGAAAUUUAUUUGGAAUGAUAUCUGAUAACGGAGUGGUGUUCAACUUUACUCAUGCAGCAAUGGUCUGUGCUGUUUCAUAUACCUUGGCCAACGAAGAAAUACGCCUGGCAUGGUGAGUGGGGGAAAGGUGGGAAUCCUCGUGUGGGUGGCUGGGUGAUGAGGCUGGAGCCAGGCUGGGUGAUGGGGCUGGGGCCAGGCUGGGUGGUGGGGCUGGAGCCAGGCUGGGUGAUGGGGCUGGAGCCAGGCUGGGUGGUGAGGCUGGAGCCAGGCUGGGUGGUGAGGCUGGUGCCAGGCUGGGUGAUGGGGCUGGAGCCAGGCUGGGUGAUGAGGCUGGCGCCAGGCUGGGUGAUGGGGCUGGAGCCAGGCUGGGUGAUGAGGCUGGCGCCAGGCUGGGUGAUGGGGCUGGAGCCAGGCUGGGUGAUGGGGCUGGAGCCAAGCUGGGUGAUGGGGAUGGAGCCAGGUUGGGUGAUGAGGCUGGCGCCAGGCUGGGUGAUGGGGCUGGAGCCAGGCUGGGUGAUGAGGCUGGAGCCAAGCUGGGUGAUGGGGCUGGAGCCAGGCUGGGUGAUGAGGCUGGCGCCAGGCUGGGUGAUGGGGCUGGAGCCAGGCUGGGUGAUGGGGCUGGAGCCAAGCUGGGUGAUGGGGAUGGAGCCAGGCUGGGUGAUGGGACUGCAGCCAUCCUGGGUGAUGAGGCUGGAGCCAGGUUGGGUGAUGGGACUGGAGCCAUCCUGGGUGAUGGGGCUGGAGCCAGGCUGGGUGGUGGGGCUGGAGCCAGGCUGGGUGAUGGGGCUGGAGACAGGCU